GGUUGCGUCAUGCUGCGCCGGAGAGGUGAUGCAAGAAUCCGGCGUUGUGUGUUCACGAACGCCACGCCUCCUCCCGGUGCCGUUUCCUGCUUUCCAGAAGCCAGCCUCGUACAGGCCCAGCGAAGUCAUAGAGCACAGACCCUCCGAGACUUUUCAUCAUCAUUAUUGUGCUAAAACUGUGACUUCUGAACACGUAUAUUCGUCAGAUGAAGGAGGAAGCAGGAGUUGACCUGCCCCAGGCGUUGCCCUCUGGGCCAAGUGCCUUUAUCCAAAUUGAAGAGAUUCUAGAAGAAGGGGCAGCACAGGAGGUGAUGUCAGAGGCUCUGUUGUCAGAAGGACAUGUAGACCAUAUCAACAUGAUGAUGGGGCUACAUCCCACUUACCUGACCUGCUUCCUGCGAACACAGAAUGCUUUGCUCCAGCUGGAUGGCCCUCUGCCUCUGUCAUGGAGACAUUUUAUUAUCAUAUUGGCGUCUGCACGUCACCAGUGCUCGUACCUAGUGCAGCAUCACAGCUCUGCUUUUCUGCUUGCUGGCGGAGAUGAGUCCUGGCUUAAAGGACUUCACUGUACACCACCCAAAAUACAGCACCUGCAGACACUCAACAAACUGCUUGCACACAGACCCUGGAUCAUCACCCAGGAACAUAUACAGAGAGGAGGUGGAGUCGGCUCGCGCUUCGCCUGGCGCAGAGUGCGCGCGGAAUUCAGCCCUUCCGGACACCGCGCGACUCGAGGGAGCGCAUCUGCGGCCGGCUGA